CCGCCAGAGGGCAGCCAGGGAGCGCGCCCGGCGGCAGGGCCGAGCCCCCUGAUGUGACUCCCUCCCCUGGCUGGGCGCUCCAGGCCAUGGCUGACACCAUCUUCGGCAGUGGGAGUGACCAGUGGGUUUGCCCCAAUGAUCGGCAGCUCGCCCUGCGGGCCAAGCUGCAGACGGGCUGGUCCGUGCACACCUACCAGACGGAGAAGCAGAGGAAGAGCCAGUGCCUCAGCCCGGCUGAGGUGGAGGCCAUCCUGCAGGUCAUCCAGAGGGCAGAGCGGCUCGAUGUCCUGGAGCAGCAGAGAAUCGGGCGGCUGGUGGAGCGGCUGGAGACCAUGAGGCGGAACGUGAUGGGGAACGGCCUCUCCCAGUGUCUGCUCUGUGGGGAGGUGCUGGGCUUCCUGGGCAGCUCGUCGGUGUUCUGCAAAGACUGUAGGAAGAAAGUCUGCACCAAAUGUGGGAUCGAGGCCUCCCCUGGCCAGAAGCGGCCCCUGUGGCUGUGUAAGAUCUGCAGUGAGCAGAGAGAGGUCUGGAAGAGGUCGGGGGCCUGGUUCUACAAAGGGCUCCCCAAGUACAUCCUGCCCCUGAAGACCUCCGGCCGGGCUGAUGACCUCCACUUCCAAGCUGUGCCCAUGGAACCGGCCGAGCAGGGGCCCAGGAGCACUGAGACCAGUCAUGUCUACACAUGGGCCCGAGGGAGAGUGGUUUCCAGUGACAGCGACAGCGACUCAGAUCUCAGCUCCUCCAGCCUGGAGGACAGACUCCCGCCCACUGGGGUCAGAGACCCGAGAGGCAACAAACCCUGGGGGGAAUCAGGUAGCUGCGUGGAGUCACCCAAGAUGGGGCUCACCCGCCCGCCCAGCCACCUCUCUGGGAGCCAGAGCAGCCUGGCCAGCGAGACCGGGAUGGGCUCUGCAGACCUGCAGGGGGGCACCCCUCCCUGGCCGGACCCAAAGGGCCCUAGCAAAAGGCACACCUGGGCGAGUCCGCGCUGAUGAUGUGGCGCGGACGGUCCCCUCUGCCUGCUGUGGGCAGAGGUGUGUGUGGUGCCUGGAGCAGACUUGCCAGUGGAAGAGCUGGAGAGAGAGAGAGAAGCUGCAGCCAGACCCCUCCUGGCUCGUCCUGGAGCCCUCAGCUGGCCAGCUCUGGUGGACAUGACCUCUGACUCAACAAACCAGUGUUUGGGGGGCUGAGUCUGCCUCCCCCCACCCAGUACCUUUCUGCACCCCUUCUCUCCUAGGAGCCCUCCUCUCCCCACCCCUAGCCAUUCCACUCAGCCGUGACCUUAAUUUAUUGCCGUCCCCCUACCCCCACCCCCAGUCUACCCUGUGUUCAUUUUAAGUUUGCACAUGUCUUGGGUUGGACUGGAAGGGAAGACCCAUCCUGUGGGGCUUUCUCAUAUGCACUGCAGUUUCAGAGGGGUGCCAGGUGGGUUUUCUCCAUAUUUGUAUUAAUGGAAGAAGAAAUCCAACGCUGAGCAUUACCCUUCAGAGCUGAACUUGUCCCCUAGAGGCAAGCGGUGGAGCCCGGA